AUGGGCAACAAACUUGGCUGUUCGUGUGCUCCUCUUAUACGAAAAGGAUACAGAUAUGAAGAUUCCCCUUGGCAAACCUCCAGACGGAGGGAUGGUCAUUUAUUAAGACUGUGGGCUGAAGUUUUUCAUGUGUCAGCAAGUGGCGCGGGAACUGUAAAAUGGCAGCAGGUUUCCGAAGAUUUAGUGCCAGUAAAUAUCGCGUGUGUGCAAGACGCGCCAGAAGCUGUGUUUCACAUUACGGCUUACAAUUCACAAGUUGAUAAAAUUUUGGAUGUUAGACUUGUGCAACCUGGAACACGAAUAGGACAGGCGAGCGAAUGUUUUGCAUAUUGGCGUGACCCCGUGACUGAUGACACUUGGGGGCUGAACUUCACGUCGCCGCUGGAUGCUAAACAAUUCCGCGAGUGCUGCUGCGACGUGUCCUUGCAGUCGCCGCAGUUCAAGUUCGCUCGGAAAGCGUCCUCCUCGUAUUCGCUGAGGGACACGCCGACAGGACAAUCGCGCUCCAGGAGGCAGGGAACUUCAUCCUCCAGGGCCAACGGCAAUCGAGCCACGGGCGGACGGCGAGCGAGGUCCACGCCGGCUUCGCCUAACAACUCCACCAGGCGAGAACCACAAUGCACUUGCAUGAGCGUCGAGCAGUAUAAUAAACUUCGUUUACAACAACAUUAUAGAGGAUCAUCUACUUUGCCGAGGGCACAAACCAGAGCGACUGAGACAGAUAACAAAAUUAAUAUUGCAACGUCAAGCACUUCUUUAUACGAUAAUGUUGCCCAAACAGUUAAUCAAAAUAUAAAUCAAGAAGAAUUGAAUAAAUCAGAAGCAACGACUCAGAUAGGAAAAUCAUUUAUUGUCAAUAAGCCUCAAACCACGGUCAGUAAACUUACGAAUACUGUUAAUACCGCAACUAACUCUAUGAAUACAUCAAGUAUUGCGAACAACGCCACGAAUAUAAGUAAAACGAAUCAUAUCGCAAGUAAUACAAUUAGCAACGGAGUAGAAAAUGAAAGCAUCACCGAUUCUAAGAAGAUUUUGAGAGCUAAGAGUUUUGAAUAUCAGGACUGUGAGAUGAGCGAUUCCCAGACAUCAACCCAGAAGUUUUCCAAAUCAAGUAAUACACCACGUAGUAAAUCCAAAUCUACAGAAGACAUGAACGCCGGCCGUUCUAUUGAUUCAUCAACAUUGAAGCGAAUGCUUAAGCCGGUUCCAAGCGAUAGAAGUGAUUCUAUAAUGAGAGGUGAAAGCCCGAUGACUCAACCACACUGCUAUAGCAUGAUGAGGACAAAUUCAACUCAAAGUUCCAGGUCGUCGCAUGACGGGCGCAGUUUAUAUCUGGACAUAGAGAACGAACGAGAUAACGGAAUGUCGUACCGCGGACGGAUGGACCGCGACUCAGGCGCAUACUACACACAUGAAAGCGACCGCGACCGCGACCGCGAGCGGGAACGGGACCGGGACAACGCGCGGGACUCGUGCGACGAUGCUCUGCUGUUUGAUGCGAGGUGCUACGCCACGACGCCCACUUCCAGCAACAACAAUUCCGAUCAGGACAACUACUGCUGCGAGAACAAUGUUGCAGCUGUCAAUCCUGCUCGGAGAUAUCACACGCAUGCAUUGUCAACCCCAAGUUCUCGUGCAAGCUCACCGACCUCUCGUCUGUUACUGGAAUACGAGCUCCAUUUACGCAACACAUUGGCACGAGGCUUGGAUGCGGAAAGUUGCAGCCUCCACACAUUUGAAGCUCUCCUUCGCCGAAGUCAGGAGGAACUAGAAUUUGCAGAAAGUUUGCCGGGAUCUAAUCAAAGAAGUCCAUUUGCUUCCAGAAGACGUCUUCCACCUAAUAACAAGAGCUCAACUUUACCAUUACCGAUGGCAACAGGUUCUACAAACCGAUUCGAGCGGUCUUCAAGUCUGCCACGGGACAGGGAUGGUUAUUACAGCGAUCGAAACGAACUAAUACGAGAAAGAGAAAGGGAUCGAGAACGGGGUUACCUUAGUGAUCACAAUACGAGUCAGAAAUAUGCAAGAUGUUCCCAAUGCGAACCUGGACCUGGUAUGCCUCAGCCUAGAUCACGAUCUCAGUCGCAAACUAGAACGUUGUCACGGGGAUAUAGUGGCGAUAAACGACAAAGCCCUUGGGAUUCGCUUCCUUCACUACGACAUGAGGACGCAAGUCUGCAUGAUAGUGGUUAUGCGAGAUCCUACAGGGGCGACAGUUUUGAACAGAGGUCGCAGGUAUCGGACGGUGCUAUCUCGGAUUCGAGGCAUUCGAUAACUCAGCAGCUUUCUGUGGAAUCGGCCGACUCUAGGUUGUGUUAUUUGACAAGCAGCGAGAUCUCUGAUGAUGAAAGGAUGAGCUUAACGACAGCUAUUUCCGAUGAAGAACAAAACAAUUGUACAAGUAAUUGCACAAAUAAUUGUACAAGCAAUUGCUCGAAUAAAAAUGAACGCACGGGCGCGAGGGAUGCGGAACAGGGCUCAUUUAAUUGCACGGGCGCCGUACGAAAAGCUGGAUAUCUAUCGGUGAAAAAGUGGUUGCUACGUAAACGCCAUCAAAUAGAAUUAGCGAGGAAAAGAGGUUGGAAAAUGUAUUGGGUUUGCCUAAAAGGCACUACCUUACUUUUCUACCCUUGCAAGGAUGAAGGCGAUGGAGCACCCGUCAAGCAUUUAAUCAUCGUGGAUGGCGCAAUCACUCAACCAAUUCCUGAACAUCCCCGGCGAGAAUUUGCAUUUUGCUUGAGUACUGCGUUCGGCGAUGCUUAUUUGUUCCAAGCACCUUGUCAGGUUGAAUUAGAACAAUGGACCCGCGCGGUCCAUUCUGCUUGCGCAGCAGCAUUUGCGCGCCACAGAGGUAAGACUGGAACGCUUCAUCUUGUGCAGGAAGAAAUAUUCCGGUUGGAUAGAUGUAUCGCCGAGGAAAAUAAAUUACUAAUCCAGCAGCAAAUUCAUUCGCAUCAUCCACAUCAUCGUCUGGCAUCCCGCGCUGAAGAUUUGGAAAGAUUACAUUGCGAACAGUAUCGGCUUAGAUGUUAUAUGGCUAGUUUGCAAUGUGGUGAAUUGCCUAAUCCUAAAUCGUUAUUGGCGCAUGUUUCGCGUCAAACAAAGCGAACGCUUUCUGAACUAGGAGUAUUCACUGUGUCUUCACUGCAUGCCUUGAUCUGCGCAAGAUCACCUUCCUUAUUAUCUAAUUUGUUGGCUGGAAGAGGUGCUAGUAAGCGGCGUUUAUUGACUCCUAGUGUUUCUUUACCGCCGCGUCAACUUGGAUCUAUGUCUCGAACUGGUGAUCGUUCUGGAAGUUUGUCAGGAGCCAAAAAGGAGAAUGCUCGAGUGAUCAAGGUCUCCCUUCCCGAAAAUCGAACAGCUUCGGUAGUGUUGAAUGAUGGCGCAAGCGUGGAACAGUUCUUGCUUUCCUGCUGCCUCAGCAGAGACCGUGCAGAGCAUUUUGUACGCGUCAAGAAGCGGCGGGACAUGGAAGAUUCCAACUAUUUUGUUCCCCAUCGAAACGAUUUGAUAGAAACAUACCUUCAAACUCAUGAAAUAAUUGAGAUCUGCGCCAAAGUUCGGUACACAUGCGAGCUCGUUAGAAAGUCGUUGGAUCACAUGUGGGGUUUCAGUGUAGAAGCGGAGCUUGUAGAGAACUGCAAUAGACAAGAUGAAUUAUGCUGUCACGUGAGUCGUGUGGAAGAUGGAAGUGUAGCUAUGAGAAACGGAAUUAUCAAAGGCGACGAAAUUUUAGUCAUCAAUGGAGCUGUAGUUUCAGAUUUAGAUAUGAUGUAUUUAGAAAGUGUGUUACAAGAAGAACUCAGUCUCGUUAUGAACAUGAGACCUUACAACCAGACUUCUGUUAAUGAUAAUCCUCCCAUGCCAAUUGGAAUUUUGGGCGACAAUGUAACGAUUACUGAUGAUGUGAUCGAUUCCUUGGUCUGCCCGCCUCCUCCUCUUGAUCCUCCUACGAUAGACGAUCGUACGAUCAGCGAUCUCAUAGUGCCUAAACCCCAAGAUUGGGGUAAAACUAUCUUGUAUCAAAUAUUAUUUCUUGGUCUAGAUGCAACAUCAAGUGAUAGCAGAACCGCGACGCGCCCAACUUCUAGAACAAACUCCUUUGAAAUAGAAAAUUUAUUGAAGACGGCUGAGCAAGUUACUGGAUUUUGCCGUUCUCCGCAAGAAAUACGUAAAUCUACUCAAAGUCCUACUGGAUCAGUAAGUUCCAACACUCACACGCCUAGCAGACAAUUCAGUGAUGCCGACAAAAUGAGAAAAAUUAUUUUAGAACUUGUAGAAACCGAAAGAGCCUAUGUAAAGGACCUGAAUAUAUUGCUGGAAGAAUACCUAGAACCAUUGAAAGAACAAAGCUUUUUAUCGAGCCAAGAAGUGGCAGCAUUAUGGAAUAUUAGAGAAAUUGUACAGUUCCAAUGCAACUUUGCACGUAAUUUAGAUGAGGCCUUAGAAUUAGAAAGAAACUUUAGUGAACUAUCUGAAUGCUCCAAAUUUAAGAAUAUAUUAUUCUCAAUUGGAAGUGCAUUCUUGUAUUACGUGGGUCAUUUCAAACUAUACAGUUCAUUUUGUGCAAGUCACUCAAAAGCGCAAAAAGUUUUACAUCCAAAUGAAGGAAAUCAACAACUACAACAAUUUUUACAAUCUAAAAACCCUAGUAAAGAACAUUCUUUCACAUUAGAAUCAUAUCUUAUUAAGCCUAUACAACGUAUACUGAAAUAUCCUUUGUUGCUGCAACAAUUGAAAAAUCUAACUCGAGAAGACAGCGAGGAAAGACAACAUCUCAUGGAGGCUCUCAAAGGUAUGGAGAAAGUAGCCGAACACAUAAACGAAAUGCAACGCAUUCACGAAGAAUAUGGUGCAAUUUUCGAACAUUUGUUCAGGCAACAUCAAAAGGCGUGCCGAUUGCGAGUUGAUUUAAGUCCAGGAGAUCUUUUAUACUAUGGCGGUGUAGAAUGGUUGAACAUUUCCGAUUUCCUAGGAAAAAUUAAGAAAGGAUUGGAGUUGCACGCAAUGUGUUUUGUAUUUAAAUCAGCAGUAGUUUUCUUAUGCAAAGAAAGAGUCAGACAUCGCAAAAAACUUAUGGGUGUUGCAAGCAAAAAUACAAGUGAAGUAGAAAUUAUUCGCUAUCAAGUUCUCAUCCCAGUCACUGAAGUACAGGUGAGAACAUCAACGAAUCGAGAUAUGGAUUCACAUUUUCUAUGGGAACUAAUUCAUUUAAGAUCACAAGUGCAGAGGCGUACUGAAAAGGUCUAUGUAUUGAGUAAUAGUACUUCAGAUUUCCGGAAUGCGUUCUUAAAAACAAUACGACAAAUUAUUCGCGAAAGCGUUAGAAAUAUGUCUCUACCAGCAAAUUAUAUGGCUUCUGGAUCUACAAAACUUCCCUCAAGUGCAGUUAUGGCAAAAGAUGCUGGAACAAGAACUCUAGAAAGGAUUCCACGCGAUAGAACGCAGGUACAAAAUCAAUCGGCUACGUUGAAAACUCGUCGUAGUAAAAGCUCUACUAGACAGCAGCAACAUCAGAUGAAUAACAAUAAUGAGGAAUCGAGCACUCAUGAUAGUAAUGAUAAUGUAGAUAUGAAAUUCCGAUCAAGAAUCAAAACCACAGGUGAUAUUACAGAAAAUAAUCAGGAUCAAGAAAGUGAUGAGGUUUCUAAACAAAAAGUCAAAAUUCUAGGAAAGACUCCCAAUCAUUUAACAUUAAGUUCAACAUCAACCCUUUCUUGCGGCGACACGAGGGCACGCCUGGUUCACUCAUCAAAGAAAACGGAUAAAUUGACUCUCGGAGGAACAGAUCGCGUCGAUGGAGAUCAGGGCACGUCUUAUAAGGAUUUGGGUUCACCGAUUUGGAAACCACGUGAUCCACUAGGACCGUAAAUAAAUUAUUAAUUAUAGAUAAGCAC